AUGCUGGUCAUCCCGUUUGCGCUGAGCUGCGCCAUCGUCGGCUUCGCAGCUGCCCAUGGCUCGCACGAAAAGAAUGAGAACAAGGCUGCAUCGUGGGCAGAAUAUCAUAUGAUUGAAGAGCACCACAUCUCAAAUUUCGACGCACCCUCAUUCUUUACGUUACACGAUUUCAACGGAGACGGCAUCUGGACAGCCGACGAAGUACGGCGCACCUACGGUCUAGAUGACGAGUCAUUGAAGGACACCGAAGCAUCUGUCAAGGACAAAGCCGUCAAGGAGGUCUUCAAGAUCUUCGAUCCCACCGACAGCGGGCAAAUCUCACGAGAGACCUUCAUUGAGCUGAGCAGAUCCGGCAAGCAAUUGCCAGACUCCGGCCUCGGUCCUGGACAUCACGGCGACGAUGAGUAUGAGUACGAGAUCCACCACUUUGAGAAAUACCACGAUGAGAACACCCAAGUGGAGGAUCUGAUACAUCCCGAAGAUAUUGAGCAUUUCCGCAAGCACGAAGAGAUGGAGCGAGAGCAGGACCGGAUAGAAAUGGAGCAGCGACAACAAGUUGUGCUCUCGAAUAUCCCAGCCAAAUUCAGGAGGCAGUAG